AUGAAAGGGGAUGCGAUUAAUUUUAUGAAGGAUUUUCAUAAAAUUGGUAGAUUGGUAAAGGAAUUAAAUAACUCCUUUAUCACCUUGGUCCCUAAAAAGGAGAACCCUGUGGACUUAUCUGAUUAUAGGCCCAUAAGCCUGGUUGGUUCAGUGUUUAAAAUCUUAGCCAAGGUUUUGUCUGCAAGGCUAAAAGCUGUGCUUCCUAGUGUAAUUAGUGAAACCCAAUCAACUUUUCUCGGGGGGAGAAAUAUUCUUGAUGGUGUACUUAUUGCAAAUGAAGUGGUGGAUGGGUGGAAGAAGGCUAAAAAGAAGGAAGUAUGGUCAGAAUGGAUUAUGGAGUGUGUUACCACAGCUCGUGUUUCUGUCCUGGUCAAUGGCUCUCCUACUAAUGAGUUUCGUCUGCAGAGGGGUCUUAAACAAGGAGAUCCAUUGUCUCCUUUCUUGUUUAACUUGGUGGCUGAGGGAUUGAAUGUGCUAUUAAAUAGGGCAUUCCAGCUAGGCAUUAUUAAAGGGGUGAAAAUAGGGGUUGGGGAUGUGGUGUUGUCUCAUUUGCAAUUUGCUGAUGACUCCUUAUUGUUGUGUGAAAGUAACCUAAAGAGGAUAUUAAGGUGCUUUGAGGUUAUGUCUAGGUUGAGAAUUAAUUACCAUAAAAGUCAGGUUUGUGGAGUGGGUGUAGUUGAGGGUUUGUUGGGCAGAUUUGCUGGUAUCUUAAACUGCAAGACCAAAAAGCUGCCUGUGCAGUAUUUAGGGCUGCCCUUGGGGGCUAAUCCCAGUUGUAAAGCAACCUGGAAACCAGUGGUGGAGAAAAUGAGAAGCAGACUUGCUAGUUGGAAGAGGAAGACUCUGUCUCAUGCUGGUAGACUCACUCUAAUUAAAUCUGCUCUUGCAUCUUUACCCGUGUAUUAUAUGUCCUUGUUCAAAAUGCCGGAUGUGGUAGCUAAAACUUUGGAGAGAUUGCAAGCCUCAUUUCUCUGGGGAGGAACAGAAGUUAGAAGAAAGGUGCAUAUGGUCAAAUGGGAGGAGCUGACCAAAAGCUUGGAGCAAGGGGGUUUGGGGCUGAGAAGAGUGAGGGUGGUAAAUUCUUGUUUACUAAUCAAAUGGUGGUGGAGAUUUAGGAAUGAAAAGGAAGCCUUGUGGAGAAGAGUUGUUUGCAGUAAGUAUAAAGUGGAUUUCAGGGAUUGGAUUCCUUCCACUUCUACCACUAGUAGAAUGUCUAGUGUAUGGAAAGGUAUAGUUACCAUUGUAGAGUUAAAUCAUACCCUCUUGGAGUACUACAUCAAUAAUUUUCAGCUUAAGAUUGGGGAUGGGAAUAAUAUUAGAUUCUGGGUGGACAAAUGGUGGAAUAGGACAAGUCUUAGAGAGGAAUCUCCGGGUUUGUAUAGGUUGGUGGUGAAUAAAGAAGAGUCACUUAGAUCAAUACAUGACCAAAAGGUUGUUGAAGGUAAUUGGGUGUGUCAGUUCAGAAGGAGGCUGUAUGAAUGGGAGGUUAGUGAGGUUUUUAGACUCAGAAACUUCCUGGCAACAGCACCUAGUCCUGUUCCAGAUCAAACUGAUUGUCCAGUAUGGAAUGCAACAUCAUCUGGGGUAUUCUCUGUCUGCUCUGCUUACACAGGUUUGCUGGCUUCAAUUGGCCCUUUGUUAAGGUCUACUAAAUUAGUGUGGAUCCCUUACAUGCCACCAAAAGUUCAAUUCUUUACUUGGUUAGCUUGGCGAAAUAGGGUUAAGACUGCAGUGUACUUACAAAGAAUUGGUGCCCUUAACAACUCUGCUUCAACUCUGUGUGUCUUUUGCACUGAUGACCCAGAAACUGUUAAUCAUGUGUUGAUUUCCUGCCCAUUUGCUUGGAAGGUAUGGUCUGCAAUGCUGCUAUGGUGGGAUUUUGUGGGGGCUCUACCUGAAUCUGUUGAUGGAGUCUUAUUAUGGUGGGAAGGACAAUGGUUUAGGAGUCAGGAGAGGAAGAUCUGGAGAGGAGUGCCUCUGGUUGUGCUUUGGUCUCUUUGGCAGCACAGGAAUGCUAUAGUGUUUAAGGCAUCUGCUCCAAACUUGGAGGAGUUGUGUGAAGUGAUUAAGAGGCAAGUAAGAUGCUGUUUGCUUAUAACCCUCUGUUCUGGUUUUGUGUUUGGUUACUUUGGUCUUGUAAAGUUCAUUGGUGGGGGUCCCAAUGAUGGAAGCUGGUUUUUCUUGGGCUGGUGUUUGUGUUCUGCUUUCCCUUGGACUGGUGACUUACCAACUGGGGGGCUCUUUCAUUUUCUUACUCAGCCACCCAAGAGCUUUCGCCAGUUUUUCUUCCCUAGCAAAGACUUGAAGAAGCUUUUGGAUUUGCCAGUGCACAAGCGCAGAGUCCCCCUGCUGCUUAAUUUCAUUCCCACCUACAAGUCGGUUCUUCCCGACGUUCCAAAGAAGAAGAAGAAGAGUAAUUCAGCACACCAUUCCUUCUCGAUGCAAUCUUUUGAGACAAGGAAGGCGUUAGCCGACAAGAAUAGGGAGGCUGCUAGUCUGCAAAAGACUAAUAAAAACUUGCAAUAA